AGGUGUGCCGAUUGUCAGGAUAAUUUGUACGAGAAAUAACUUAGUCUUUUCACCGCUGAACGCCUCGCCAUUUUGGUUGUUCAAAAUCUUGAAAUUUUGGCAAAAGAAUUUAAAAUAUCUCUAAAACAGCAUGAAGUCAGAAAAUAUGGAUGAUGGUUUUGUUUGCCGUCUACGUGGGUUGCCAUGGUCAGCAACAGCAGAUGAUGUCACAGAAUUUUUUGGAGACAAUGUAAGGAUUGUUCAAAAUGGAGUUCAUUUCACAUUUUCCCGAGAAGGUCGUCCGAGUGGAGAGGCAUUUAUAGAGCUAGAAUCUGAGGAAGAUGUUGAGGCAGCAUUGACUAGACACAAAGAUCACAUGGGACAAAGAUACAUAGAAGUGUUUAGGUCUAAGCAGAGUGAAAUGGAAUGGGUGGUUAAACGAUCUAGUAGAAGUCAACCACAAUCUGGCGAGGCCGUUUUGAGAUUAAGGGGAUUGCCAUUUGGCUGUUCUAAAGAGGAGAUUGCACAGUUCUUUUCAGGGUUGGAGUUAGUACCAAAUGGGAUAAUGCUACCAGAAGAUCGGCAUGGGAGGACAACGGGGGACGCCUACGUACAAUUCGCUACUUGUGAGAUAGCGGAGAAGGCUUUACUCAAACACAAAGAAAGAAUUGGGCACAGGUACAUUGAAAUAUUUAAGAGUAGUUUAAAUGAGGCUACAGCAAAUAUCUACCAGGACUUUGGAAUGGCCAAGCAACCACGGCCAUUGAUGGGUAUGCGCCCAAGUCCGUAUAACAGGAAUGAGAGGAUGAUGGGCGGCGGUGGUGGUGGGAUGGGUGGAAACAUGGGCAUGGGCGGUGGCAUGGGCUAUGGCAGAGGUCGUGGGGGCAGGAAUCUCAAAGGUUUCUAUGACGAUGAUUAUGAUGAUGAUAUGGGAUUUGGUAACAACAUGGGAGGUGGUGGUGGUGGUGGUCGUAUGGGAAUGGGAGGAGGUAUGGGUGGAGGUAUGGGCAUGGGAAUGGGUCGUCGUGGCAACAUGAGGCAACAAGGUAUGUCAGGUCAAGGUCGUAUGGGAGGAGAUAGAAUGGGAAUGAUGAAGGGCGGAAGUCAACCAGGCUGUCAUUAUAUUAGCAAGACGGGGCAUUCUGUACAUAUGAGAGGGCUACCAUUCCAAGCUAAUGACCAAGAUGUUGCUGAUUUUUUCUCACCAUUGGUACCAGUGAAGGUAGAGUUUGAGUUUAACAAUCAGGGUCGACCAACAGGUGAAGCUAACGUUGAUUUCUCUACACAUCAAGAAGCUAAAGAAGCAAUGAAAAAACACAAAGCUAACAUGCAGCAUAGAUAUAUUGAGUUAUUCCUGAAUUCCACACCUAACAACCGUAGUGAUGGAAUGUUUGGUGGCGAUGAUUUCCAGGGUGAAGGUGAUAUGGAGAUGAUGGGUGGAGGAGGUAUGAGAAAAGGCAACAUGGGUGGUGGCUUUGGAGGCGGAUUUGGUAACAUGGGAGGUGGUGACGGAUUCUCAAACAUGGGUUCUAACAUGAGGUCACGUAUGAAUAACAACCCCAACUAUACUGCAUUCUGAAGAUGAACAUGAUAACAUCUUGAUAAAACGAAACUUAAAUAUUGGAAAGUUUGGCAGAAAUCUAGCCUGAAAGAAUAUUAAAAUAUAACAAGUCAGAAAAUUGUCCAGAGUAAAAAUGGACAUUUAGUGUAUUAUGAACCACCAGAGAAUUUUGGUGCGAAACUACAAACUACUGCAUUUUUGUCUUUAUUUGUUAAGUGGUCAAUUUGAAGGCUUAAUAUUCUUGUUUUUGUCUCUAGAUUAAUGUUUAAUCACAGAAAGGCCUAUAACAAUCAAUGUGAACUGAAAUUAUAAAUUGAUAAACUCUGACAAUAAUUUCCAUGUGAAAGUGUUUAUAAAGAAUGAUAGUGCAGGAAAAGUUUUGAAUAAUUGGCAGCUUAUGAAGUUUUAUGUACUCAGAUAUAAUUUAAAACACAAUGACAAUGGGGAAAAUUGUUCAUAGGUAUACCAUUUGUGGGAUCUUUUUUUUUACUUAUUCAUUGUUCUAUUCUACAAAUAGAAAAUUUCAUGGACCUAAUGAACAACAAGUUUGUAUUUUUUUUGUUUUUAUCCAUUCUUGUUAAAUCAGUCAUUGGUAAAAUAAUCUUUAAUACAGAAUUUCACAAGGCUGUUGCUUGAAGAAUAUAUCCUAUAAGAUAUCAAGGGAUUUUUUCUGUUUUGAAAUAAAAAUUUAUUUAAUUUGUUGUUUAAGGAUAAAAAUCAUGCACAUGCUGUUAAAUUUUGUGAGUUAAUAUUCUGUAUCUGGUAGACUACCACAUUUAGAACUUGAUUGAAAUCCAGACUGUAUGAUAUAUGCAGAUGAAAAAGUAUUAAUUUCUCUAAAUAAAAGUGUGAAGUAAG